GAUAAACACUAUUUCUUCACAACAUUAAAUUUUAUCCUGUAUGAAAUGACUUUAAAAAGAUUAUUGACUGACUUCGAAUACUAUCUCAUUGACGCACUGACAGACCCUCAAAACUGUGUUGAAAGUUCUUUAAGCUUUAAGAUUGAAGGUACGACGCAUUUUGUCUUCACCUACGUAUUGAAAGAAUAUGACCGUUAUCAUAACGAAGUGAAUCAAACACUAAUAAAAUUUGUAGAUAAAAAAUUGGUUAACAAUGAUGAAGAAUACAGACAAGUUAUUGAAAAAAAUAACGCAAGAUUAGAUGCAAUAGAAAAGAAGUUUAAUGAAUGUCUUACAAACACGUAUGAAUAUCUUAUGCGGUGGGAAGCCAGAUGGAAAUAA